AUGACGAUGGGAUUGCAAGAGCAGGUGAAUUUUUGUAAAGGUUGGUUCAUCUUUUUCCUCCUCUGCUUUUGUUUUGUGUUGCCCACAUUUUCAUUCAAUGAUUUCCAAAACCAGAAACAAAUCGAUGCACAAGCUUUGCUCGAGUUAAAAAUGUCUGUGAAAAUAGAUCCAACAUUUUCUCUAUCUAAUUGGGUAGCCGGAAAUAAUGUUUGCAAUUGGACUGGAAUAACCUGUAAUGACCAAAAACGGGUUGUGAGUGUGGUUCUCAAAUACAAGGAGCUGAGUGGUCAGAUUCCCCCUCAUAUGGGCAACAUCUCCUUCCUUACAACUCUCGACCUCUCUUAUAAUUAUUUGUCUGGCUCCAGUACCCACCAUUUUGGUAGAUUAGAGAAGCUGCAGUACCUUAACUUGGAUGGAAAUCAUUUGCAAGGUUCAAUUCCACCUAGUAUGGGCACAUGUACAAAUCUGUUGCAUCUCACAUUAGAAAAUAAUUUCUUGAGUGGAAGCAUACCGGCAGAGCUGAGUUCAUUGCACAACCUGGAAAUUGUAGACUCUGAAACUACUAUGUCUCUUCAGAGCCAACCGAUUAAUCAAAUUAAAUAA